CGAGCGACACAUGCUGUAGAUGUCUCCGAUUUGAUGAGUUCACACCAAGAGAUGCAAGCAUAUCAGGCCACUGCUUGGUGAUCUCAGCAAGCCUACCACUGAGAAAUCGGACUAGUUAACUUGCCGCCUACUGGAACCGUGUGAAAGCUGGGUGAGGACGGGACGGCACCAUCCUCCCGGUGUGGCAGGUUAGCGGCAUAUAUCACGAACUUGCCCAAAUUGCAAAUGUUCAGGUUCUCAAUCGUCAUCUGAAAGACCUCAACAUGCCGUCACGCGGAGGUGAUCGUGGCUACAAGGUGGUCUAUUCUAGUCGAGUACGGGAGAUCGAUGAUGCCGACGAUCACAUCACCCGUCAAAGGUCGAGCCGCGACAAUAAUUACAACGACGACUCUCGCAGCUCUCGCGAUGAUCGAACAGAGGUUGACAGAAGCAGUCGAGCAAGUGAUAGCCGGAGUGACCUUCAGGGUAACAGCAGCAAGACGACAUACAAAGUUGGUCGGAACAGAGACUCCAACGCCUACGUGAAAAGGCCCGAUGCUUCCAGUUCUUCUGUCACUUCCAUCACCGAGCGGCCAAUUGAUCGUGGGCGCUCAGAGUAUGAGGUCCUUCGGCCUCAAAAGAGAGACGACGGUGUCUACGUGGUGGACCUUGGUGCAUCGCCAGACUACGGUGACCGUGAUUCAAACGGCUAUGGCGCCCCACGUGGUUCACGAUAUUACGAUACUGAGACUCGAUCUAGACGAAACGAGGACGUUGUUUACGACACAUCACGCUCGGUUAGGGAUGAUCGAUCCGCCAGGAAUCUGACCUACAAGGACGUCCAGGUCACAGAAGAUGUUGAUGAAGAGACCAGCUACGGACGUCGUGGUCGAGGGUCAGAAGCCUACAACGAAACUGCACCUUCCAAGCGCCACCGAAGCGCGAUGAGGGGUAGGAACAAUUCUCCUCCGGAAUUUCACCAACGCCGGAGAGAGCAGAGCGUGGGCUUUUAUCGCGAUCAAAUCAGCCAUCACGACGCCAGCGAGAGCCGACAUGAAAAGCCAGGCGCGGAGGCACAUGUCGCCGGCCGAUACCUUGUCGAUCAUAGAGGAGAGUACGUCGAAAUCGACGAGGAAGAAUAUAGGAGCCGCCCUGGGAGACGAUAUGCCUCACAACAAAUGAGUGAUUCCCGGAUCAAUAAUCGAGAAGAACGCGAUGACGACAAACGGACUUACACUGGAGAAACGAUGCGCAGUUAUGAGUAUGAGGACGACCAACGCCGAAAGCCUUAUCCCCCGCAAAGAUCACGGUCCAGAAGGCGGCAGCGCCGUCACGAUGAUGAUGAUCGACGAAGUUAUUCUGAACAUGAAUAUGAGACUCGAAUGGUCCGGGAGGAGUACUACUGAUGCUUUACGAUUGUCACGACAUGUCAAUUCACUUUCACCAGACAAGCAAAGGCCUUCUUAGCCUUCGACGCUCUCUUUGCUACAUUCGACAUAUCUCGUUGCAUACAAUCAACAGCCUAUCUUACUU